CGGACGUUAUUCCCCAUUUUCUUCGCGGGAAAUUGAUUGCUGUGAUUUCGUUUCGCUAGUCAAUCGGCACGAGAAUUUCUUAGAUCCAGGCGGUACAAACCGUGCGAUACAGCGCUGUAAUCAACCGGAGUGCUCGGGGUUCGGCCUACCAUGAUACGUGCGGUGAUAGUGAUGAAUACCCAGGGCAAGCCUCGGUUUGCUAAGUNUUUUUUUUUUUUGCCCGUCGAGAAGCAGCAGGAGCUCAUUCGCAGCGUCCAUGGAGUACUUUGCAGUCGAGCUGAGAACGUGAGCAAUUUCGUCGAGGCGGAGUCCAUCUUCGGUCCGGACUCUCGUCUUGUAUACAAACACUUCGCAACUCUUUAUUUCGUGUUUGUCUUUAACAGUUCUGAGAAUGAGCUUGCCAUGCUUGACCUGAUCCAAGUUUUUGUAGAAACAUUGGACAAGUGCUUCAAAAAUGUAUGUGAGCUCGACUUAGUGUUCAACUACACCAAGAUGCAUUCUAUUUUGGAUGAAAUCAUUUCUGGUGGUCAAGUGCUAGAGACUAGUUCUGCUGAAGUGGUGAAGGCUGUUGAAGAAAUAUCCAAGUUAGAAACAGCCUCGAAUUCUAUCAACUUUGUCUCCAAAACAGUUUCUGGUUGGCGGGGUUGAGUUUGCUGUUUAAAGCGAGCUGGUUAAGCGAUUCAGCAUGCAUUCCUUUGAUGCCUUGCCUUCAAAUUAUUACUCGAUCUGUUGUGUUGGCUAUGACUGAUUACUUGGAUAGACAAGUCAACAAGCUAUCUUACUCAUGGACGACACAUUUGGCUCAUUAAUUCCCCCUAGAACAUAUAGAUUGAUCAGAAAAAUUUCAGAUGCCUGCUGAGUAUGCAACAGGGUUUGAUCGAAUCAAAAGAUUCCUAGGAAUAGAAAACCUAACGGCUUGGUUCGGGUCUCUGUUAUUCUGUAUUAAUCAAUCAUAUUGAUUGAAUAUUGAGUUUAUAAAGGUGAAUGCUUCAUUGAGGUUUC